CUUAGUUCUAUGUGUUUAAGAAAAAAAUCUGCUUAUAGAAUAAGUUUUUGUCAGUCUUAUCUAUUUUCAUCCCUAAUUGUAGUUAUAUCAUAUUAGAUGAUUUAAUCUCCACAUUUCCACUUAGAGAAGACCCUGUUUACAUAAAAAAAGAAAAAAAAAAGAAAAAUUCAAUCAACCAUCACGAAGCCAUAUAUAGUAAUGCAAUUAAUGCCGGUACUAAGUAACAACUGCUCUAACCUGAAUUCUGAAGCUCUUCCUGAUAACUGAUAACCAAACUAACUUACACAGGUUUUCAUGGCUGCAUUUUCAAUAUGUUACAGAACACCUUACAAGGAUCAAAAUCUACAAACUCAAAGUGUAAUUAGACAGAAUGGCAAAAGGUUCAUGAAUGAUUGUGAUAAUAUGCUCAAGGCCGCGACAAAAUUACGUGUUCAGUGUUUAUCAGAGCCUAAAUCUAUUGAGAAUCAACUAAGAUCAUUAGAUUCUUAUUUUGGAAAAAUCCAACAUGAUACUAAAUUACAUGUUUCUGAUACAUCAAAUGAUGUAAUGAAGGUGUACCAAAGAAAUGAUCAAUAUGGAUCAAAACAUGGUCUAGAGUCUCUUGAUGAGUAUCUUGGUAAACUAAAUAAUGGCAUAAAUCAAGAAUCUCGCGCGGCGUCUAAUGUUGAAAAUCAUAAGGAUGGAUAUUUAGUUCCAACACAAAUUAUCAGCCAAGAUACUCAAAGAACAAAAUUUAAGAAACCAAAUACUUUUGUGAAUAUAAGAAGUGGUCCAAUAUCUGCUUUAGAUUCACAGCAGCAAAAUGAAACCUCCAAUCUUUACCUCAUUGGUAUAUUGGCAUCAGUGAACAUUGCAGUGUUUCUAUUUGAAAUAGCAAGUCCUAUAAGGAAUGAUGAAUUAAUGCUGUUUUCACUUCCUCUGCUAUAUGGAGCAAAGAUAAAUCAUUUGAUCAUGGUUGGAGAAUGGUGGAGGCUUAUAACACCAAUGUUUCUGCAUGCAGGAAUAUUUCACAUGGCUCUUAGUUGUUGGGCCCUUGUAUCAUUUGGGCCUCAAGUUUGCAAAGGCUAUGGUUCCUUUACAUUUUUCUUAAUCUACAUACUUGGUGGAGUUUCUGGAAAUUUGGCAAGUUUUCUACAUACUCCUGAUCCAACUGUUGGUGGAACUGGACCUGUAUUUGCAAUAAUUGGUGCUUGGCUCAUGUACCAAAUUCAAAAUAAAGAUGUUAUUGCAAAUGAUGAUUCUGAGAAUCUAUUCCGAAAGGCGAUAGUUAUCACAGCUCUUGGUUUCAUAUUAUGCAACAUUGGUCCAAUUGAUGAAUGGUCACAUUUUGGAGCAGCUUUCACAGGCAUGGCAUAUGGCUUUCUAACUAGUCCAACUCUUCAGUUGAAUGAAACAUCACCAAGAACUGGUGGAAAAGGAAUCAAACUUGUUACCAAAUAUGGUGGUUCUUUUAAAUCACUAAUUAUAUUCGCCAUAUUCAUCGUCGUGUUAAGCUCAUUCCUUUUGUUUAUGGAGCCACCUCUCAUUGCAUUGGCACCUGUUAAUGAAGUAGCAGUUAUCGCCUUGGAAUAUAUGUAGCUAUUUCGUUGAUGCAACAUGUCAUCGACUUGUCAGGUUUUUCCGAAAGAUUUAUCUCGUAGGACGGUGCUGUCAACUGUCAUACAAAAAUAUGUACAUUUUAUAAAUAUAGAGUAAGAAGAGUUGAAAUGCAUCAUGGAAGCAUUUGAUAUGAUAUUACUAAGAUUAGGCUCUCUUAUUUCUGUAUAUGAUUGUAUGAGCUUAGUCCUUGGCCACAAAGAACAAUAGAUGUAACACAAACAAUAAUGUUUUUAAUGAUCUUUCCCAAGAUAGAGUAUACAACAUAUACACAAUAUGAAUUAGUAGUUUGUGACA